GUGCAGUGAUAAUGGACUGAAGGAGGGCACGACAGAGAUAUUAAAGAACAACGACCUGGACAGCCAGGAUGCCUUUAAGUUAGUUCAUGCAGAGGAUGUAGGAGCACUGGACUUAACCCUCGGGCAGAGGAAACUAUUCAUGCAGGCCUUAAACUUGCUGAACAGCAACGACCAAGACCACAAGACGGAGGUGAAGCAUUUGAGUGAGAGCACCCCAGUAACUACCAAAUCACUAGCCAAUGAUAGUGGCUUGGAAGACCUGCUUAAAAAGAUCAGCGGAAUCUCAAUGGAUGACCCACUUCUAAAGCUCGGAGCCACAGAGCAGCCAUUGUCCAUGCCCCUCGAGAGGGUUGACAACAACCCGCAAGUGUUCUUAGAAACUUAACACCAAGCGCAGUCCAAGAAAGAAGGUGAGACAAAACCUUUGCUUAUUCCUGACUUUAUAAGUACUACGACUUACGAUGGAUCCGUUAAGGAUGAGCAAGAAAUUGGUGGGUCUGCUGGUGCACGAAUUGUCCUACGUGCUCCUAGAAGUAAACCAAAAUUGGAAAACAUUUCACUGUCCAUGUGGGUUGCCGCAAAUGCGAGAAUUAUGCACAAGCUAUCAAACAAAGGAAAGCUUUCAGGCCCGUCCCAGAUUGCCAAUUAUCUCUCAUACACUGUGAAAGUAGCAGAACUGCUCGAGUCUCACACUUUUACCUCUGUUGUCAUCUAUGACAACAAAUAUUGAAAACUUCAGCACCAGUACGGAUUUCGCUGGGGCAGUGAUUCACAGCAUCUUCAUAUGCGGUUCCUUGUCAAAUGUCGCGCACUGACUCAAUCCAACCAAGCUCUGGCUUGGCCUUAUGCCGACUCGCGCUCCAAUUCCGGCCGCCAGCCACAAUUUGUCCGGCCAAUCUGCCACCAAUUUAACUCCUUGUCGGGCUGUAAUUGGCCUCAAUGCCGCUGUCAACACGUCUGCCUCGUGGCAAAUUGCUCUCAGCUCCACCCUCAACACGAACAUCCACCCACGAUGUCAAAUCGACGCACAUGACUCGGACCCCACCCAUGUUUACACCCAUCUUCGUUAAACAAUAACAUUGACGUCUGGACAGAACAUUUGACUAAUGAUAUUGACCAUGACUAUCUGCUGAAAGGACUAACAGAUGGCUUUCAUAUCAUAUCACCUGACUCUGAACUACGACACGCAGAAAUGACCAAUUACAAAUCGGCUACGGGACAUGAUAUUCUCGCCAAAGUUGAAAACGCACUACGCAACGAAAUACAGCAUGGAAACUACAUAAUAACAACUGAAAAACUGACCAUAGUAAGCGGGUUGGGGGCGAUACUCAAAACCGGACAGCAACAACGUCCGCCAAGCGUCUCCAUGGCAAUGUUGUUUGGUAAAAGCUCCCUAUCACCCCAAACAUUUUACAUAAACUCCAUGGAGAGCUUGUCCUCACUAACUAGUUCGAUGCGACAUUUUGGGCUGCUUGUAUCAGCGCCUUUUUCUCUUUCUUUCACAAGUCUAAUCUCCUCAUCCCACUGGCGAGCUCAUUUGACCCCCUAAAACACUUGCGCAUGUGCGAUAUUUGCGUUUACAACUGGGGCCUGCUGCUCUUAGUGCGCUGGUGGAAAACAAUCCAGUAUCGCAAUUGCACCCUGUUGGUACCUGUUCCGAGGAUAGAACACUCUAAACUCUGCCCGCAUAAAGCAAUUGUAAAUGCCUUUAAAUUGGUAGGUGCACAUGACUCUGCUUUGCUUCGAGAGGGCCCUGCUUUUGUGUACACAUCCGGGGGCCAUGUUAAACCUCUAACUUACACUACGUUUACUACGGCAAUGCGGAUUUGACGGAACCCUGUACUCUGGCCACUCUUUUCGUCAUAGAGGAGCCACCUUUGCGCUGCACUGUGGUUUCCCUGGGCACUAUAUUAAGCUUCAAGGAGAUUGGCUUUCUAAUGCCUACGAACAUUACCUCGAUACUACUCUGCUGUACAAGUUUAUGGCCAUCAACUUGAUAAGCAAAUCUAUCCCUUACUGACUUUCUCACCGACUCUUUUGGGGUUUUUGGGGAGCAUCACGUAUGGUCUUAGGCAAUAAAGACCCAGUUACCCCCAAUUGAGUUGGUGUGUAUUUAGUGGGUGAUAGACUUGUUUAUCACAAUUAAUACCGCAGCGGAAAAUCUACGCCAUGCCCAGCGGGUAUGAGCAAACAGUUGGCAUAUUUGUCAGCAUUCUCUUUGCAAUCAGCCAGCGAUUAAUGUUGUUUGUACUUAGUGCAAUCUGUAAAAUUUUUUUUUCUUCUAUUUAUUUCUAUGGGGAGCAUCGCAUAUGGUCUCAGGCAAUAAAGACCCAGUUACCCUCAAUUGAGUUGGUACCACUCGUGUUGAUUUGUCAGUACCUCGCAGUGAGAAGGGUGCAGAAGAUGCUACCUCUCCCAUGACUGUAAACCAAGAAACUGAUGAGAAACCUGUUGAAGGUGUUUCUCCUGUUCCUUUGCCACUAGACGCUGGAAAAGAUAAAGGUGAUACCACUACUGAGUUAUCAGUUGGUAAUGAAUCUGGGGAAAAACCUGCUUGCGAGGCAGAAAAAAUGGAUAAACCAUUGGAUGAGAAAGAGCAAGAAUGUAAAUUGCCAAAAGAGAGCAACUUUCUUUCUUCUAAAACAACAAAAGAAACUGCUAAAACUGAAGAUAGCAAAAAUGAGAGUGAUCAGAAAGAGCAAACUGUUACAAAUCACAAUGAAACAUCCCUAAGAGAGCCUACAAGCAAAAUUACAAAUCUAUCACCAUUUGCAAGAGAAUUUGUCCCUAAGGCUUCCCUUAAUCCUGCGUCUGUAGUCGAAGCCCCUGAAUUUGUACCUGCUACAGUUCCACAACAACCUGAAAGACCACCUCUAUUGCAAAGGAGAAAUGACAUACCUGAAAAUGAACUGAUGAACUGUGUUAAAGAUGUUCUUUUUGGACUAACUCAGAGUCCUGGCGAGUUAGAUUAUUAUUAUGAAACUUUAGUUGAUAAGAUAAAGAAAAGUCUUGGUACGCUGACUUCUUUGAAGGAGGUGGUAGAUCUCAUCUUUGAAUAUUCAAUAACAGAGCCCAACUUCCAGUAUAUAGCAGCUAAACUAUGCAACUUGUUAUCAAUGGAGGAAGCCAUUUUCUUGGAAAAUGGCGAAAGGUUCAGGAGUGUUUUCAUGAACAGAUGUAGGGAUGAACAUACAAUCAGAGAGGAAGCUAUAAAAAAUCCACAAACUUUGGUACAAUUGCUUGGAUUUGCAAUGUUUGAGGCUGAGCUCUUUUGCAACUACAGGCCCCUAGGUGAGAGUGAACCUUUGAAGGUAUUUCACAGAGGAUUAUUAGAAAUGUUGUCCACCCUUUUGCAAAACCAUACAGAGGAAUGCCUAACAUGCAUUGGCAAAAUAUUGAAGAUGACAGGAUAUCUUCUCGAUGACCCCAGAUUUAAGGAAAUUGACAAAGAAAGAAAGCAAAAAGUCGAUAAAGUUUUCUCCGAUGUUGAAGAGCUUCUAAAAGAAUCCACACUGUCAGAAAGUGCAAAGAGGUUACUCUCUCAAGUUAUAAAGCUACGGGCAUCCAAAUGGACCUCCAGUCCAGCUCCAGUAGCAGCUGGAACAUCAUUUGACUUCCCCCCUGACAAUGGAUACUCUUUUUCUGACUAUGGUCUUGGCCUGGAUGAUUUGACAAUCGAUGAUUAUUUAACACCAGUGACAAAUCCAGAGCAAUGGAGUGAGUACUUUGAUGAUGGAGAAGAUGAUACAGAGCAGCAAGAAGCUUACAGGUACUACUUUCCUGAAAACUUUGAGGGUGAUUUCAGUCAUGAAGAUGGUGGUUUUUACCUUGAAGAUGAUCCAGAAUUUGAUGACGAAAUUGACCAAGAAUAUGAAAAGUUCUUACAAGAGCAAGGAGAAUUUCAAUAAAUUAUUUAAUAAAAUAGAUAGCUGUUCUUUGUUAGCUUUGAGGUAACUGUUCUGUACUUUGAGUUAGAGUUUUUAUCACAUGAGGGAUAUUUGCACUGUGAUAAUUUAUUGAUUGACAAGUUGCAUGUACUUGAUCAAUAAUCUCAACUGACAUCUGAAACUGUAUUUUUCAUAGCAUUCUAAUGGGCAGCAGUAUAUUGAUGUACCGCAUGAUACAUGAACUCUUGUAUUUCUCAAUAUAAGAGUCUUUUUAACUCUUUGAUCUCCAAGAGUGACCAGCGUCUAAUUUCUCCUAUCAGUAUCACCCAUCAAUCAAACAU